AUGAGUAGAGUACAGGUAGCACACGGCAGCCGACUAGCAAACCUGAUCGAUUAUAAACUGAGGGUUCUCACGCAAGACGGCCGAGUUUAUAUUGGGCAAUUGAUGGCGUUUGAUAAACACAUGAAUUUGGUAUUGAACGAGUGUAUAGAGGAACGAGUACCCAAAACUCAGCUGGAUAAGUUAAGACCAAAAAAAGAUUCCAAAAAUGGGACGUCUUUGAAUAUCAAAGUAGAAAAAAGGGUGCUGGGUCUGACCAUCUUAAGAGGAGAACAAAUUCUAUCGACGCUAGUGGAGGACAAGCCAUUAAUGUCCAAAAAGGAAAGAGUGGUGAGGGAUAAAAAGGAAAAGAAACAAGCGUUAAAGCAGACCAAACAAAGAAAAGAUAAGGAGAAGAAGCCAGGAAAGAUCGUCAAACCGAAUGCAGCCAAUGUAAAAUAUGGUAAUAACAUUGAUAGAGAGACUGCACAACCAUCGUCGAGCAGGUACAGCAGUAGCGGCGAUAACAAGGGCCCAAACAGGUCGAGGUUUAACAGUGAAGCGCCUCCCCAAACAAGGAAGUUCCAACCUCCACCGGGCUUCAAAAGAAGAUGA